AUGACUUCACCUCGUGCAAAACUUAUUAAUAGUCUUCAAAUUCUUUGUAAUGAACAUGGCUUAAUAUGGGAUGAACAAUUAUCAAAUGAUAUUCCACGAAAAUGGCGUGUACAUGGAGAUAUGCUUCUUCUUCCUUCAUCUCGUUGUUUUCUUGAUUCUCGAUGGUUAAAUCACAUUCCAUCGGAACAAUUUUGGACAACUGUUGCUCGUGCAUUUGGAUCAUCAAUUAAACGUAUUGCUUUCGAAGGUGCUAUUAAGAAUGAUGAUUUUCGAUCACCAACUACACGAUUAGUAUUAGGAAAUGAUCCAUGGAUACAUUUAGUUGAAAAUGGUAUAAAAUUUUCAUAUAAUGUCGAUAAAAGUAUGUUUUGUGCUGGAAAUGUUACAGAACGAAUGAGAAUGGGACAAGUUAAUUGUGCGAAUGAAAUCAUUGUAGAUCUUUAUGUUGGAGUUGGAUAUUUUACACUUCCAUUUCUUGUUCAUGGUCAUGCAAAACAUGUGUAUGGAUGUGAAUGGAAUCCAGAUUCUAUGGAAGCACUUCGUCGUAAUCUGCAAGCAAAUUAUAUUGAUGAAGAUCGUUAUACGCUUUUAUUAGGAGAUAAUCAAUUGACAUGUCCUGUUGGUGUAGCUGAUCGAUGUAAUCUUGGUUUAAUUCCAUCAUCUGAACCAAGUUGGACUAUUGCAUGUCGAGCUCUUCAAUCUAAAGGUGGUCGUAUUCAUGUACAUGGUGUUGGAAAUACAAAAGAAGAAACACAUGAACAAUGGAGUGAAAAAGUUCGACAACGUUUUGAAACAAUAAUGAAUGAUAUUCAUCAGAAUCAAAAUACUUAUCAAUGUGAAAUAGAACAUAUUGAACGAGUGAAACCAUACGGACCACAUUUAGAUCAUCUUGUUGUUGAUUUAUUAUUAACGAAAAUAUGUUGA